CUACUCACAUCUUCAAAGCUCAUCAAAACACUCCUUAAUAGUUCAUUUUUUCUUUGAUCACUACAAAACUCUUUUUAAGUCAUCAUGGGUGUCUUCACUUAUGAAUCUGAGGAUGCCUCUGUUAUCCCCCCAGCUAGGCUUUUCAAGGCCUUUGUCCUUGAUUCUGACAACCUCAUCCCAAAGGUUCUACCACAGGCCCUUAAGUCCACUGAAAUAAUUGAAGGAAAUGGAGGACCUGGAACCAUCAAGAAGAUUACCUUUGGCGAAGGCAGCCAUUUGAAACAUGCAAAGCACAGGAUUGAUGCGCUUGACCCUGAAAACUUUACAUAUAGCUUUAGUGUGAUUGAAGGUGAUGCUUUGUUUGACAAGCUAGAAAAUGUUUCUACUGAGACCAAGAUUGUGGCAAGCCCUGAUGGAGGAUCCAUCGUGAAAAGCACCAGCAAGUACCAGACAAAGGGUGACUUUCAACUCACGGAUGAGCUAAUCCGGGGAGGUAAAGAAAAGGCCUCUGGAGUUUUCAAGGCUGUUGAGGCCUACCUCGUGGCACACCCUGAUCUCUACAACUAAACCUUGUGUUUAUUUAUGUUGGUGUGUCCCAUUGGCAGUUCAGGUUGCGGCUUUUUCUUUUUCUACUUUUGUCUAGUCAAAUUUUGUUCUUUGGCUUGCUAAAUAAAGAAGUUUGCGCUUGUCAUUAUCUGCUACCUUGUGAAGUUCAAGUAUUGUAAGUGAAUAAUGUGUUUUUGUUUCAAUAAAUAUAUUUAAUG